CGGGUUUUUAUUGUCAAGCAGGAUAUGAGUUCAGAUCAAGAGAUUAACGAGGACAUCCAAAUGGAGGGAGGAUCGAAAACUCGAAAAUAAUAAAGAUCAGGUUGGAGAGUUUGGAAGAGUCAGAGAUUAUGUCAUCGGAGCCUCCCCCUUUCCAGGAAGCAGCGCGCUGUGACGUCUGCAAAUGUAGCUUCAAUACCUUCAGGCGACGGCAUCACUGCCGAAGUUGUGGGAGGACUUUGUGCAGUGAACAUUCAUCAAAUCAAAUGGCCUUACCACAAUUUGGCAUUCACUCAUUUGUUAGAGUUUGCGCCGACUGCUUUAACCAUUCCUCUAGAUCUGGAAACGAUAAUCCACAAGCUUCUUUAGAUGGAGUUGAUCGUGUAACAGAUACAGUUUCUAAAUUAGACAUAAGUGCUGAUGUAGAUUCUAAAGCUCGACCAACUGACGAGCAUCGAUCUGUGUCAGUCAUUUCAGAAUGUAAGUGUGGAAUGCCUUUAUGCAUUUGUGAAGCUCCAGGCCCCCCGGCUGAUGCACUCCCUCUGCAGAGGAAAAUUGCGUCAAACAUUACUCCUCAAACUAAUCCAAAACCAAAGAAGGUGGACACCAUUCCAAGGAAUAGAGGUGCCACUUCUAGCAACAAGUUGAGUUCUGUUUUCAAUCUGGGUCAAGUGACCAAUGGUACUCUGAAUGAACCUCAGAUGGAUUAUGAACCCAAUGGGGAGGGUUUAAGAGAAGCUAUAAAGAAUGGUGACACUGCUGCAGUUAAGAAACUUCUGAGCGAGGGUGUGGAUGCAAAUUACCGCGACAAGCAAGGAUUGUCUUUGCUACAUUUGGCGGCACUCUUUAAUCAAACCGACAUAGUUUUCAUCCUAAUGGAGUGUGGAGCAAGCAUGGAUUACAAGAAUGCACAGGGAGAAACACCAUUGGAUUGUGCUCCUGCCACUUUGCAAUACAAGAUGCGAAAGAAGAUGGAAGAAGGAAACUUUGGGGAAGAAGACGAGGUUUUUGACGAGAGAGAGAGAGAGAGAGAGAGAGAGAGAAGGACUUUGAGCUUCUGCCCAAACAUCAGUAGAGGCAACAAGUCCACAAAGCAUGGCAAUUGGCUUCCUCCACUUGCUCACAGGAACAAAAUGAGGACGAAGCGUUAGGACAGACAUGGCCCAAGAAAGAGUUGACAUAAGCCUAAGCACAUUUUAUGUAAUGUUUGAAUUUAGAUUUUUGUAAAAGAACUUUGUAAUUUAAUUUAAUGAUUUCUGCU